AUGAUGGCACGCCAGAGACUCCAGUUCUGGCUAUCUUUCCUGUGUCUUCUUGGACUUCUCCUUCAACAAUCAACUGGAUUUCCUCUUGAUUCAAGCGAUAAAAGCUUUCAAAAUACUGAGCUUGUUGCCAGUGCCCCUACUAAAUCCUCGGAUGCUCUAAAGGAUACCUCGUCCGGGGUCACUUCACACCCUGCAGGUCAGACCUCGACUGGUGUCCUUCCACAUGCGACAGGAGGUAUACCUACCCCCGUUUCUACCCCGUCCAAAGGUACUCCAAGCGGGACUUCCGCUCCGCGGACUAAUGUUUGUGCAGCAAAGCCUGCACCCUCAGGUAACUUGCCCAGGCCAUCGCCGCCUCCACUCCCUUCCUCCACCCCGAAUUCGUCCCCCAACCCAAAGCCAUCCUCCACCCCGGAGUCGUCCUCCACCCCGGAGUCGUCCUCCACCCCGGAGUCGUCCUCCACCCCUCAAGCAUCUCAUAAAGCUGUUACCCGCGAUGCCUAUUCGGGUGAUGCCAAUUUUACCAGCAUCCACGAGAUUGAACGUCGUAUUCCCUUCCCCCAGGGGCUUCCCCAGAUUAGUAACUCUCCUACUGGUUAUAUGAGACGCAUUAAUGCCAUUAUCAGGGACCGAAACACGAAAGAAAUUACGGCCGACCCAACUUUUGCGAAUUCUUUUGUUGUCAGAACCGAUACUGAUGCCCAGUACGGAACAAUCAGUGGAUUACAAGGAUGCUCCAUCCUGGUUGCGUACAAUGCGGACUACAUCUAUAUUGCUCAUUUAUGGGAAGUUUCCGGAUUCUCAGCUGGCGGAGACUUUUCAAGUCACCAAUUCAACACUCAAGUAUUGGGGUUCCUCAAUGGUCGCAGCUAUGGCCUAGGUCAUCCCCUCGUGAAUACAGAAGGGGGAGGACAGUACAUGCAAGGAGCGUCGACCAGACUCCUUACAGUUGGUGCUAAUAACGGAGUCACUAGACCUAACUACCCAAAAAAGGUCCGAGCCAUUUUGGACCUCGCUACUCAGUACCUUGGCGGUCGUGUGUAUCAACCAGUUAUUUACAGGCGCCCUGAUGACCGAGGCGACCCCGUCCGUGUCACACUCGAGUAUAGCGCUCGUACAAGGCACUUGCGGGUUUUGUAUGCCGAUGACAGGGAACGAGAUGAUCAGUUCCUCGGUUACAAACUAAUCGACCAGGCGAUCUAACGCAUCGGAGAUGUACAAGAACUAUGUCGGGAUUGAGUGUUAGGCAUUUGAAGGCGCUUAUUGGCGUUUGUUGGCGCU